AUGAGCUCCGACCGCACCAGAGUCCACAUGCCGACGGACACCAGGGUUCAGGGACAUGGCGAUGCAAUAUUUACCUUCUCUCUCCUCCCUCCCACCCCCACACUUGCAUCACACCCGUGUCAGAGAGCCGUGGCGCAGGCAGGACAGGAGGCGUUGUUGUCUCGCCUGUGCCAGUCCCAGGAGGCCUGCCAGCACCUGAGGGAGCAGCUGGAGGCGCUGCGUCGACACUCGCUCGGCCUGCAGGACUCGUGUACGCGCCUGCAGACGCUCAACACUCAGCUACAGGUGGAACAAGCCACUCUGAACUCCCAGCAUGCAGCGGCGCUGGCGCGCUCCGGCGAGAGCGAGGCCAGGUGUGCGGCGCUGCGGGCCGAGUCCGAGGUGUGGUCACGGGAGCGGGAGGAGUCGGCGGCCAGGACGGAGGCCCUGAGGCGGGACCACGAGAGGAUGAUGGCGCUGCAGCAGCGUCAGGAGGCGGAGCUAGAGGAACUCCUGGACAAACACUCCCGCUUACGCGGCGUCCACCGCAGCCUGGAGGCGCUGCACAGAGAACUGGAGGGCAGCCACAAAGAGCUGCUGGACGCUAAGAGCCAGCUGGAGGAGAGAGAGCGAGAGAUGAAAAGGGCGAGAGAGGAGAUGGAAGCUGAAGCCCAGCACAGAUUGGAAAGCGAGCGAGAGCUGGAGAGGCUGAAGGAAGACGGCGAGAGGCUGCAGGCCCAGCAGAAGGAUCUGGUGGCGUCGCAGGCAGAACUGCUGGCUCAGGGCUCCAUGCUGAGAGGAGAGCUCAGCUCCUCCCAGCUGGAGAGGACUCGUCUGGAGGGCGAGCUCAGCACCUUGAGGGAAGCCAACCAAAGUCUGGACCUCAGCAACGCCCGCCUCACCAGCCAGUACCAGCUGCUGAGCCAGCUGAAGGGGAACAUGGAGGAGGAGAACCGACAUUUAGCCGAGCAGAACCGCAGCCUGCUGGCGGAAAACCGGGCCUUACUGGAGCAGAGCCUGGAGCGCCGUGACCAGCACUAUACUCAGCAGAAGGAAUAUCAGGAGAAGCUGAGCGAGCUGCGUAGAGAGAAGCAGAAGCUGGUGGAGAAGAUCAUGGACCAGUACAGAGUUCUGGAGCCCAACGUGCCGCCUUCACCCAAGAAGUCCAACUGGAUCGCCGAGCGCGUGAAGAAGCUCAUCAAACCUCGGGGAGGAGCGCGGGGGGGACGCCUCGUCAUGGCCGCCUGCAGCGUGGAGAACCUGGCCGGCGGCCACCACUUCACCUGCGACACACCUGAGCCAGAUCCCUGCAGUGCUCCGGGUUCCCCGUGUCCCCUGAGAAAAGCUCCGGCGCACUCGGAACCAGACAUCUCUCUUCCCGCCACUGCGGCCCCACGCUCCGGCGCCAGGGGCCGGCGCAAGUUGGGGUCCCGCCACGGUUGGGGCUUGACCAGAGGAGGCGGGGUUUCUCAGUCCUUCAGCCCCGGCGACCACAAGACCCCGCCUCUCCACCGCCCGCUCUCCGGACACAGCGGCCCCUCCUCGGCCCCCCGGGUCCUUUGGGAGGGGGCGGGGGGGCCAACCAGCGCCCCCCAGGUGGCGGAGGUCACGGUGGACAGCCCUGAGGAGGAAACAUGAUGACUUUCUAGCGGGGGACUCACUCAGGAUGCUUGCUCACUAGGAAAUAUG